AUGCAUGUGGGAUACCUUUUGGAUAAAGAAGGCAGCAUGUAUCACCAAGGACCUGCAAGACGAUCGGGCAUCAACAUCCCACCACAGAACUUUGUUCCCACGCCACAAUAUUCCGACUUUACUGGAUACCAUCAUGUGCCAAACAUGGAUACGCACGCACAGUCUUCGGGGGCUUGGGGAGCUCCUUAUGGCGCACCGAGAGAGGACUGGGGCGCCUAUAGCCUGGGUCCUCCUAACACUAUUCCUACGCCCAUGAACAACUCAUCGCCGGGACAAGUUUCCUAUUGCUCACCUGAAUACAAUCCCAUGCACGCGCCAGGGUCAGCAGUAUUGCAACCACCUCCAGAUAAUAUUUCUGUUGCUCAACUUUCCCCGGAUAGAGAAAGGCGCAAUUCUUCUUACCAGUGGAUGAACAAAACGGUACAAUCAUCUUCCACGGGCAAAACAAGAACGAAGGAGAAAUACAGAGUGGUUUACACCGACCACCAGAGACUGGAGCUGGAGAAGGAGUUCCAUUUUAAUCGUUACAUCACUAUCCGAAGAAAGUCGGAACUUGCGGGGAACCUUGGCCUUUCAGAACGACAGGUGAAGAUCUGGUUUCAAAAUCGCCGAGCCAAGGAAAGGAAAUUAAUCAAAAAGAAAAUGGGAUCUGAUGGCAGCGGAGGAUCUGUGCACAGUGACCCGGGAUCAGUGAGUCCUCUGCCGGUACCAGGCUCACUCAGUCCGUCGGAUAUUCACGGCUCUCUCUACCCACCCCCCGGAAUGAACACCUUGGCAUCUAUUAGGAACAUACAGCAAGUUACUGUCACUCAGUAG